AGCACGUAGAACGAAUCGUAAUUCCCGAUUGCGGUUUGAGCGCCAUGGCGGCUCUAAUGGAAGAGCGCGAGUUUUCGCGCCAACAGUCCCCAGAGCAAGUUGUGCAGGUGGAGGAGAUCUUCUUUGAGGCGCCGCCCAUGAUGUCGGACGCCUCGCCUUCUUCGAACCGCCUGCGCCUGGAGACCAUCUCCAACGAAAACCCUCGCAGGAGAUCCUCGAAGACGAGCCUGUCUUCCAAGAACGCCAACGUCCUGAGGACGUCAGAGGCCUUCCAGGGUCUGCUGGACCGCCUGGCGCAGCAACAUUUACAGGAGCUCCUGGCGGCGGAGCUGGGGUCCUGUGGCCUGGGCAUCUCCGAGGCCUUCCCCCGCCGCCCCGGCGGCUCCAGCGCCAACGUAGGCUGUGCCUCCGCAAGCUCGGCGGAUUUCGUGAAGAAGAAGGGCUCCAUCAAUUCCAUCCGCGCCAAGCGCCGCAAGGAGGCGACGGAAGUGCAAGCAAAAGAGAUCUUGGAUGUGUGGGAAGGGGAUGAUCCCGUUGGCAUCGAAGAGCUGGAAAUUUAUGCGCACCAGCUGCAGCGCGAGGUGGAGCGAGCUCAAGCACCGCAAAAGGCAGCCGACGGCCCCGCGAGGAGGAAACCCUGGACGGAGUCCUUCGCCUUUGACGCCUUCAUCGCCACUUUGGUGGGUCUGAACGUGCUAUGGAUGGCCUUCCAGCUGCAGCUUCAAGGCUCUCAAGCAGCCAACGACCUAGGCAUCUCCCAGUGGAUGGAGAUGGGCGACUUCACUGGGUGGCAGACAGCCUUUUUGGUGGGAGACACGCUGUUCGCCAUCAUCUUCGCGCUGGACGUGGGCGUGCGCAUCUACUUCCUGAGGCGACGCUUCUGGCGGAAGUGGAUGAACUGGCUGGACCUGCUGAUUUCCAUCAUUUGCCUCGGGGAGAUCGUGUUGAUCUCCGUCGCCCCGGUGACGCCCAACUUAGUGGUGCUGCGGAUCCUCCGCUUCGCGCGCUUCGCGCGCGCCCUGCGGCUGGUGGCGAUGUCGGCGGCCUUGGCGUCACUGCAGCUGUUGAUCAAGUGCUUGAUCGCCUGCAAGUCCAUGCUGCUGUGGAGCUUUUGCCUCUUGGCCUUCGUGCAGUCCGUCGCCGGGCUCGUCAUCAGCAGCAUUUGCUGGGACUUCAUCCGGGACCCGUCCGCGGACCAUUUCGGCCGCGAGCAGGUGUUUCUGUACUACGGCACCUUCACACGCACCACGCUGUCGAUGUUCGAAAUCCUCUUCGCCAACUGGGGCCCUCCUUGUCGCGUGCUGGUGGAGAAUGUGAGCGAGUGGUACUCGGUCUUCUUCCUGCUCUACAGGUGCGUGUUGGGCUUUGCGAUCCUGAACGUGGUGAGUGCGGUCUUUGUGCAACAAACCAUGAAGACCGCGAGCUCGGAUGAGGCAAGGGACACACGUCCAGGUCCGAAGGCUCUUCCAGUCCAUUGACUCCUCGGGGGAUGGCACCAUCUCCCUGGAGGAGUUCUCGAAGUUGGUGCAGUCGCCGAAGCUGAAGUUCUGGAUGAGCCAGCUGGAGCUGGAGUACCACGACCUACUUAGCUUGUUUGAGUUUCUCGACAAUGGAGACGGGCAGAUUACGCUCUCGGAGUUCAUCGAGGGCGCCGCCCGGCUGCGUGGCAACGCCAAGGCGCUGGACAUUUGGCGCAUCGAGACCAAGGUGGAGGUGCUGUUCGAGGAGGUUCUUCAUACGCUGCACCAGCACGGCUUCGGCUCGGCACGGAAUGAGGGGCCGGAAGUUCAGGAGGAGUUGGACGCUACCAGCGUGCAAGAUGUCUUCAACCACUCCCACUGGCGGCACAUCAAGACGACCUCCGGUAUGAGCGAGGGCGGUUCUGGCAGCCCCAAGUGAGCAGCCAAACGAGCAAGGAAGCAGCAGGGUCUCAAUAUAGAC